UGAAGAAGCCCCCGCUGAGGGCCGCAGCGCGGCGCGGCCGGAGGCAGUAUGCAGUGGGGCGCCGGGCUCGGCGCGCUCCACUUCGGCCGCAAUAGGAGUAUCUCCUGCGGCCGCCUGGUUGUCGUCGCCGGACACCCGCUGCCCGAGUCCACCGCCACCAUCAUGACCGACUCGUGGUGGCGAAAAACGCUGUGCUUGGCCGGUGGCGCCCUGCUCGCCGCCGCCGCCUAUUUACUGCAUGAGCUGCUGGUCGUGAGAAAAGAGCAGGAACUGGAUUCUAAAGAUGCCAUCAUCCUUCACCAAUUUACUCGGCCCAAGAAUGGAAUACCCAGCCUGUCCCCUUUUUGCCUGAAAAUGGAGACCUACCUGCGCAUGGCUGACCUGCCUUACCAGAACUAUUUUGAUGGGAAGUUGUCUCCACAAGGGAAAAUGCCAUGGAUCGAAUACAACCAGGAGCAGGUGUUUGGUUCAGAGUUCAUCAUCGACUUCCUGGAGGAAAAACUCGGUGUGAAUCUGAACAGCAGUCUGAGUCCUGAGGAGAGAGCAGUGUCACGUGCUAUCACCAAGAUGGUGGAGGAGCACUUCUAUUGGACGAUAGCCUAUUGUCAGUGGGUUGAUAAUGUGGAGGAAACUAAAAGCAUGCUGGCUGUGAGCGGGCCACUAAGUGAACUCCUGAAGUGGAUCCUGAGUCACGUGACUGGCAGCCUGGUGAAGAGAGAAAUGUAUGGCCAUGGCAUUGGGCGUUUCUCGAAAGAUGAAGUCUAUGCUCUGAUGGAGAAGGACAUGCGCACCCUUGCUACUCUGCUUGGAGAUAAAAAGUAUAUCAUGGGCCCCAAGGUCUCCUCAGUCGAUGCUGCUGUAUUUGGUCAUCUUGCUCAGGCCAUGUGGACAUUACCAGGCACACGGCCGGAACAGCUCAUUAAAGGUGAGUUAAUUAAUCUAGCCAUGUACUGCGAGCGCAUCCGGAGAAAAUUUUGGCCUGAGUGGUUUGUGGAUGUUGACGAUUUGUACUACGAUGGUUUAAGUGAGGAGCCCAACUCUCCAUCGCAGCUGCCUGACCUGGGUCUGUACUCACGCAGCGACAGCUUCCCCGAAGAGCCUAGCACCCUCUCACACUCUGCCACCACACAUUCGCUGGACAGCGAUCCCACUGGACACUCAAUCUUUGACUCUGACAUGGAGGCAGAGUACUCGGAGAUGGAGCAGCUCAAGGGUUAAUCAGUUUUUCCUCGGCGGUGCCUCUGCACGGGCCCUGCCACACUGUCCUUUUUCAGGCCACUCCCACCAGUCAGAAGGGGAGGGGCUUUUAUGAGGAUGGCAGAGCUUCUUAAUCAUUCUGAGUAAACAAGAGACUGUGAAAACAGCAGUCUCACUUUUUACAUACAAGAGCAUAAUGAAUUUAGAGGAAAAAAAACAGGGAAAGAGAAAAGUUAAUCUACUUAUUUGAGAGAAAAAUCAAGUGGAGAGGAUAACCUGAGAAGAGAUUUAAUGCAUCAGACAGUACAGAGCACCACUAGGAAGAGAAGUCAAGCAGAAGAAUAUCAAACAGUAAAAUCAUGAAGCAAGCUAAUGUUUAAGAAGAGAAAGACGAGGGACUGAAUAUUGCCACUGCUGAAUCAUUCCCUCCAUAGUGAAAGACCACUGCUUGUAGUAGCUGUGUCCUCCCACCAUGUUCCUCUUCAUUUCUCUCUUGGAUAUGAACAGAGUCUCUUUUUUCCUAAGAUUUAUUAUAGUGUGAAUGUCAAUAUGAACGUAAGUAUUUUAGGUACUGUUUGGUGACUUGUUGAUGCAUUCAUCAACAAUAUGGCCUUGGCUAGCCUUGUUGUGCUGGUAGGUUUUGCAUAGGUUUUACCUAAUGUUUCCCUGGGACUACAUAUAAAAGUCUAGAUCUUCGCCACAGUUAUUGCUCUGAUGUACUGCUCAGUCCACCACCCGUAGAUCCCUUUUAACCUUUUAAUUGAUUAACCUUAUCCUAGAACUGCCUGAGUCCUGAUGAAAAAACACCCCAAAAGAUAUGCCUUUAAACCCCAUGAUUACUUAAGGCAGUCCAGUAGCUCACAAAUUGAGGUCCAUUUUGUUACUACAUAACAAUUGGAAUAAGCAAAUGGUGUGAUUAUCAUACAUGAAGAUUAACAAAUUGAAGUGUUUGCAUAGUAUUGUCUUUAUGAUAAAGAUUUAUGAUAUGGAUGUUUUCAACUACCUAACACACACUUAAUCAAUCUGGAGCUUGCACUGGCUUGUCCUAAGCCUGAUGUGACGCUAGGUGCUUGGCCCCCUGAUAGGGCCCUCAGCAUUUAAGUUAAUGCACCAAGAACAGUUCAGCCCUUUCUUUAAUGUUUGUCUGUAUGAUCCAUCCGCUUUGUAUGUUGUAGUCACUGCAUGUAUACGUUUACUUAUGCUUGAGCUUGAUUCAUGGGACCCACAAGAACCAAAUUUUUCGCCAAUGGUCUGUGUUGCCAUGGGUUUAUUAUAAUGACCUUAAUAUUUCAUUUGGAUAUAUGAUGCUUCAGAUGCUUGAGGAGCAGUAAUGACCAACAAUGCAGUGUAGAAAUACUAUUAGAAAUUAUAAUUAGAAAUAUUCUCUUUGUGCUCAGAGUGAGUGAAAGUGGCCAAUACAUGUGUUUGUCAAACAGCAGAUGCGUGUAAACAGUGUGCCUGAUUUUUCGAGCGUGGUUCUGGUCUGAAAGUGCCAUUCUUUUUUGAAAAGUUUUAUUUUUUAUUUUGUGCAUAAGGACUCGGAAGGAUAAGCGGCUUAGAAAAUGUGUGUGUGUGUGUGUGUGUUUGCAUAAGGACUCUUAUCUUUUCCUAGAGCAGAAUGAAAGACAAUGGAAAGGAACAGAAUACAACAUGUCAUGUUUUAUCAAACAAGCUUAUGAUAGACCAACAGUCAGAAAUGAGUUAAAAUCACCAGUGUUGAUGUAACUUUUAGACCUUGUUUUUCUCCUUGCAUUCAUGCCCGGAUUGUAUGUGGCUAUACUUUUGGAUUCCAUUUACAUUUUUCUUUAAAAUAUGUCCCCAGUGUGAACAGAUAAGAUUUAAUAUUACUUUCCCACAUAAAAGCACAUCAACAUGUGCAUCAUUUCCAAUUUUUCUUUGUGUAACCUACUAGAUACAUGUUUUCUCACCUGUUGCUACCGGUUCCCUGUUGGACACUUUCAUCGGUCCAGAGUGCAAGAAGGCACUUGUUUUUGGGAGAACUAGCCUCGUGCAUACCUCAUUUAUCGUUUCACCUGCUAGUCAGCACUCUGCAGACGCAUUUACGGUUACGUAAUUGUAUGUGGAUAUAGAAUCCGAUCACAGUGCGUCUUUGAUGUGUUUACACUUGGCUUCCAUAUGUUGAUUCGGGGUGUAAACAGCCUUUUGAAUUGUUUACUGUAGUCUAUUUCACACAAAUCAGAGUUAGACAACUUAUAACUUAAACACUAAGGUUACAUUCACAUUUAAAGUGAUGUCAUUUGUUUUUUUGGUCAAAUUCAAUCCAUGUUUUUUUCAUGUGGCCAAAAUCUUUUGUUAGUGUGAACAGACUUUUGCCCUGAAAGGAUCCACAUUGCACAAUGAAGUGUGAUGAACUGUAAAAGAAAAAGCAUGAAUUCUGACCGUUUUUAUCAUGUUCAAAAUGAACAAAGUUGGAUUGUGAAGUGUCUGAUCUCCUAUGAAAUCUGAUUAGAAAAUCAGAUCUUUUAGGCAAAAAAUAAAUUUGUGCCCAUUUAACCUUAUAAUGUGAACGUUUACCUCUUUGGAGUGUUUGUUAUCCUGAUUUGUUGUAACCGCAUAUGUCAAAUACUGACCAACUCUGGCCCUGGCCCAGGGUGUCAUUCACAGUACUUAAAGCAGCACUGUCUAAGAUUUUGAAAGUUUUUGUUUUUGUUAAAAUAAUAAAAAAUAUGGAUAACUGCACCAGGAGCAAAACAAAUGCUAAAAUAUGCUGCUGUGAGUCACCCUAUGAAGGCUAAAACAAUCAUUUAAAAGUCAGGGGCAUUGGAACGGAUUUUGCAAGAGUUUUUCAGUUCAAAUGAUACGUGUUUACAUAUUGAUAUCACAUGCCAGACUCAAAAAGAAGGUGCAGCUCGAUGUUUAGGUCUCGAAUGCAAAAUUGGUGUCAUUCUGAUGAAGAUAAGUCACCAAUAGUAGAAUAUUCACUUAGACAUGCCAUUCACCAAUUUACUGAGUUCUCUUUCGAUACUUUCACAACAUGCUUGUAAUCAUUAGAUUCAUCUGGCUGUAGACCGUUGUUACAGAUGUUCUUCUGGAUGUUGCAUGCAAUUGCACAUUUCCACCAGAGAGGUCUCCAAAUCCCCAAAUCGUACACAGUGCAACUUUAUUUUUGACAGUAGUUCCUGAACGAUACUAUUUUCGAUAUUGUCCUUUUAAAAUACAACCUGAAAGUGGAUGUGGCUUAGACCAGAUUUUCAGUGGGACAAGCUUGCUUUUUGACAGAUGCUAAAAUUGACUACAACUGAAGUGUUGCUUUAUCUUGAGGUGGAUGAAACUUGUAGCUCACUGAAAAAAAGAGCUUCAGAGUUGGCAUCAUUGGCAGUGUGCUUUCCAACUGAAUGAAUCAUUUUGUGUGCUGUGAAACAAACAUAUUGUGCAGAAUUUCCAGAGAAGCCGCACCAGGGAAAGAAAUUUCACAUGCGAGAGUGUGCUAAGCGUUGCGUCAACACUGGUGAAUUUAUUGUGGUGGUUAAGGGAUGGACAGGGGUGGGAUAAUUUUUAUGAGUGAGUAUGGGUGUGUAGUAUGGUAUGUUUGUGUCUAUCUGGUGCAUGAAUGAGUCAUAAUCAUGCAUGAAUACCGUCAGAGGAAGAAUUUCUAAGGCUGUUGUCCCAUGGGUGGCCAACACGCACAGGGCCAUGAAUAUAGAUCCUGUAUGCAUGGAGCCUUAUCUGAACAGUGGCUGCAGCUUCAGUAACCAGCCUUUUGUAUAGUACAUCUAUACGUUUGAGGUGCUGACUAUUAAACUGGCAUUUUAUGUGUGGCAUUAAUGGUUUACUGUGCCAAACAAUAAAACUGAAGCUUGUUUACAGGAACAAACAUGGCCAGCUGUACUGUGCAUACGGUCACCCCCUCUUUGCCAUUUUUAUUAGUGGGUUUACAUUUUUUUUUAUUUGUCUAUGUCUGUUUCUCUUGAUCAUACAGUUAUUAGGGAUGCCCGAUGUGGAAUUUCCAGGCUGAUAACAAUAACUGAUAAUAACACCCAAUAACACGUUAUUGUAGAUUAAUAAUUUUUAUAUCGAAAUCACAAUUUUUGAAAGAGUGCAGUUUUCCAAUUGCUUGAGGUGUUAUUUUUAUUAUAGAUAGAUAUGCUGGUCUUCUUGGUCAAAAAAGCUGGCCUGGACCUCAUUUUAUAGAAAUUUAAAUAGCAGUCAUAAUAUUAGUCAGAAAAAUCAACAUUAGAUGGUUUGCCCAAAUCAUUUAGCCCUACCAGUAAGUGACAUAGUAUGUAAACAUGGGUUAGGUUUUGAAACUUCAACAUUCACUCUAUUCCAGAAAACUGAAAAAACGCAGAAACCAACUUAUAUACGUAUAUUUACCUUUUCAGCCUACAGCUGGUCAGCACUGGCCGUUCAUGCUAAAGGAGUGUUUCAGCAUGGACCAUUUUUAAUAAGAAACAAUACAAGACAACCAUUUAGAAAAGAGCUCAUUUACAUUUAUCCGUCUUAAAGGCACAGUAACAAAAACAGCCUAUUUAAUUCUAAGAGAUAACAAGAAGUUGGAAAAUGAUCGAACUAGAACUGGUUUUGGAAUGUAAAAUCCUGUUAAAGGUGGACCUCAGGGAACAAAAUAAAAUGUAAGAAAAAUAUGAGAGUUGGGCCUCUUAGUUGUAUUUGGUCAUGAUACAGUAAACUCAGAUGUGACCGUUUUUUUAUAUUUAGAAGAUAUCCACUUAUGAUGGGAGGUGAGUGUAGCAUGAGUCUUGCCCAGGUUCUCUUAAAUGGUAUAGUGGUGGUGUUUCCAUCUAAAAGGGGAAUUAAACCUCUAAUCUUCUGUAUUUUGGGUGGUGGUGUUAUGUUCUAAUGAAUGGAAAUGUCCAGCUGUAGUGACACAGAGUACAUGUGCUUCAAUGUGUGCAAAAGCUAAAAAUAUGGCACUAAAUUAUUGUUUGCAGUUAUUGGCUGUAAUUCCAACAGAGAACCAGUAAUAUUCAUGAAAGUUUCCCUUUUACUGGUGAAUGACAUCAGCCGCCAUUAUAUCGUGCACCUCUAGUAGCUGUAGCUCACAUAUUUUCUUUCUCUCUCUGUGUAGAUGACUCAUCCGUGUAUGAGCAUAUCACUGCAGUCAGUGUACCUUUGCUGAGAAACGCACAGUCUCUGAAUUGAAUCUUACACCCUUCAAGCCUGUGCCUGACACCACAUAAACAAAUGGUCAUUUCUUUAUAUAUAUCAGACAUUGAUUUCUUCUGUAUUAUUUGCGUUAUUUCUUUGCUGUUUUUACAUAUGAUUUAUAUUAUUUAAUCAAUAUAUUUUUAUACAGAGUGUAUGUUAAAUUGUGUGAGUGGAUUUUUUUGCUUUUUGCAGGUUUAGAACUGAAAUAUUGGUUGAGUGUGGUUGUCCUGUUCCUGUGUACUAAAGGUGUCCUUGCACACUAGCAGGGUUGCAGAUUUUGACAUUCUUGGCUAAUCAGAUGAUUUAUUCUAGAAAGAGGCCAUUCCCGAAAUAAUUUGGGAAUUGUUCAUUUAUGAUUAAAGUAUCUUUAAAUGUCAUUCCAAGAAGGAGCGCAAAAAACAACAUGUAAGUCUUUUCGUGAUUGAUUUAAAAAAAAAAUAAUAAGUUCAGGAAAAUUCUUCUUCAUGGUGAUCGAUUAUAUGUCACUGAUAUGGCAGAUAGAGAUUAGACUGUGUUGAAGUGCUGGAGUAUUUCUUUAAAGUUAAACUCACCUAACAGCAGUAGCAGCUGUAACAUUCCUUAAAAGCAAAAAAUGGAUUUCAGGAAUCAUUUUCUUUUAAUAGUUCUAAAAUAGUGCAGUCUUCUAAACUCCAAACCUCCAAGUCAAAGCAAACAUUUCCAAAUCUAACCUGAAGGAUGUGCGUUAUUUUGAAGUGUUUUCCAUAAAAAGAAUGAACUGAAGCACGGCGCAAAGGAUCCAACACUACACUAAAUGAUGGACAGCUGCGGGAAAAGGAGAUGCAUAAAGGGUACAGGUCAAAGGUUAAAUAUUAACCUCACCACCCUCAUCUGUCCUCAGUUAUGUGUGUGUGUGUAUGUAUGAGCCAAAUUCUCAGUGUUUUUUUUUGUUUGUGGUGUGUGUGUGUGUGUGUGUGUGUGUGUGUGAUGACCCUUGUGUGGACUUAAUGGGAUAUAAUGUAGAUAUUUUGGGAAGGGGAUCAUGUACAUGAUGUGUAUCUCUGUAAAAUAAGAUGAAACUGAGAUUCCUAUGAAUGUGUAGUUACUAGAGAUGAAUGGCUGUAUGAAAACUCAAAAUUAAAUUUAACUGUGCUAAUUUCUC